CAAUCAUCGCCUUGGAAGCUUCAUCACGAUACUACUUUGAUUUCUUCUUCCCUCUUCAGAAAUGCAAUGUGCAAAUUCAGUUCCUUGGUUUUGGAAGUCCCAUUGAGAACACGAUUCAUUUGCGCCGGCAAAAUGCUCUGACCGAGAAAGAAUUGAAGCACAGGAUAAAACAAGGAAGAUGAGAGUGAGGAGGCAAUAGUUCUGAUGACUGAAGAACAGAAAUUUACCUUUCUCCAUUCGAGCAAAAAAGCAGGCACACAAAUAAAUAAUCAUCUAACAAUGCAUGUGUGCAACGGAGGCUACAGAGGGACUAAAAAUGCCGAAUUGUUGUCAUGCGUAUUGCUGAAAGGAGCCAGGACUGAGGGAAUCCUGCAUCGUUACGGUGUCAUCAUUGAGGGAGUGCUGCACUGUUGAAGGGCCGAUAGUAAGGGAGUGUGACACUGUCAGAGUGUCAUUACCAAAGGUGGGCUACAGUAUCAAAGGUACCACGCUGAGUAUUGUUAUCCCGAUAGUUCUUUCGUAUCAGUCCGUGUGUAUUCCUGGGCGAAUGUGCUCGUGUGGUCUCAGGAGUUGCGGAGGUCACGGCUCUGGGACAGCCGUUUCAUUGCCCGAUGCUGCAGAACAUGCCCCGGAAGAGAGAGCCCAGAGAAUUGCCAAAGCUGUCCGCAAACAGUCAAUAGAAGUGAAGGAAAAUUGGGAACAACUGAAAAUCCGUGCGAGCAACUGGCAGAAACAGGUGGAAAAGGCGUUGGAGAAACUUCAAGAACUGCUGAAAGCUCUGGAUGAUCUUGAGGCUCACGUGAUAACAGCUGAGGGGGUCCACACUGAUUGGCAACCUGUGAGUGACCUGCUUAUUGACUCAUUGCAGGAUCACAUUGAUAAAACCACAGGUAAGGACUAUCUUCAAAAUCUGAGAUUGGGUUUUGAAAGACAGCAGCCUUUGUUUUGGAGAGAUAAUUGGAACUGCAGAUGCUGGAGAAUGCGAGAUAACAACGUGUGGAGCUGGAUGAAGACAGCAGGCCAAUCAGCAUCUUAGGAGCACAAAAGCUGACGUUUCGGGCCGAGAACCACCUUCAGAAAAUGGGGAGGGGGUGCGGGUUCUGAAAUAAAUACGGAGAGAGGGGGAGGCGGAUGGAAGAUGGAUGGAGGAGAAGAUAGGUGGAGAGGAGAGUAUGGGUACGGAGGCAGGGAGGGGAUAGGUCAGUCUGGGGAGGCCGGACAGGUCAAGGGAGCGGGAUGAGGGGAAAUAGGGGUGCGGCAUGAGGUGGGAGGGGGGAUGGGUGAGAGGAAGAAUAGGUUUGGGAGGCGGGGACGAGCUGGGCUGGUUUUGGGAUGCAGUGGCAGGACAGGAGAUUUGGAAGCUUGUGAAAUCCACAUUGAUACCAUUGGGCUGCAGGGUUCCCAAGCAGAAUAUGAGUUGCUGUUCCUGCAACCUUCGGGUGGCGUCAUUAUGGCACUGCAGGAGGCCCAGGUUGGACAUGUCCUCUCGGGAAUGGGAGGGGGAGUUGAAAUGGUUCGUGAUGGCAAGUGCAGUUGUUUACUGCAAACUGAGCGUAGGUGUUCUAAAAAGCGGUCCCCAAGCCUCUGCAUCGUUUCCCCAAUGUAGAGGAAGCCACAACGGGGACAGCGGAUGUUUUGGAUAUUUUUUAAGCAUUGAUUUUCAUUCAGAGUUGGUUGGAUUUUGCUGAAGCAAUAGACAUAACUCACUAUGACGUAGACAAUGUCAGAGUUAAUGUUUCGCGUCCUGUGACCCUUCCUCAGAUCUCACUCUUCACUGAUGCUGCCAGACCUGCUGAGCUUUUCCAGCAACUUCUGCUUUUCUUGCUGAUUUACAGUGUCCACAGUUCUUUUGUUUUUUACGACACAGACAAAACUUGAUCUCUGCAGGAAGCAUGAUGCUGCAUUCUCCAACUUCCCUGCCUUUUUGUCAAAUGAUAUUGUCUUUUUAGGACAGAAGUGGCUUUUUUUUGUUUGUUUUAACUUCCGCACAUACUUUCUAUGCAGGUUAAAAGUCUACACCUUUUCAGUUCUCUGCUGCAUAAUGAAGACUUGGAACAAUUUUUUUUAGAAAGUAGAAAAUCAGUGUGGUUUGUUUUCCAAAAUGUGAUGUGUAAGUGCAACACUUAACAGUGUGUUCAUCAAACUAUUGUUUCCUUUGAUCUUUGUGUUGCAGAAAUUUCUAGAAUCAUUUCAUAUUUUUUUUUGAUAUAUUUUAGCAGCUUUCCUGGAGCAAGUCUGUUUUCCUUCGGAUGAGACGACUUUCAGACAUACUCCCUUUAUUAUGAGAUUCCAGUUACUGGAUUCCAGUUCCCUCUCCCCAUCCCCCUCUCUGAUGAAGGGUCUCGGCCCGAAACGUCAGCUUUUGUGCUCCUGAGAUGCUGCUUGGCCUGCUGUGUUCAUCCAGCCUCCCAUUUUAUUAUCUUGGAAUUCUCCAGCAUCUGCAGUUCCCAUUAUCUCUGGUAUCAAUGUGGACUUGACCAGCUUCAAAAUCUCCCCUUCCCCAACUGCAUCCCAAAACCAGCCCAGUUCUUCCCCUCCCCCUACUGCAUCACAAAACCAGCCCAGCUGUUCCCUUCCCCCGACUGCAUCCCAAAACCAGCCCAGCCUGUCUCCGCCUCCCUAACAUGUUGUUCCUCUCACCCAUCCCUUCCUCCCACCUCAAGCCACACCUCCAUUUCCUACCUACCACCUCAUCCUGCCUCCUUGACCUGUCCGUCUUCCCUGGACUGACCUAUCCCCUCCCUACCUCCUCACCUGUACUCUCCUCUCUACCUAUCUUGUUUUCUCUCCAUCUUCGGUCCGCAUCCCCCCCCUCCCUAUUUAUUCCAGUUCCCUCUCCCAUCCCCCUCUCUGAUGAAGGGUCUAGGCCCGAAAUGUCAGCUUUUGUGCUCCUGAAAUGCUGCUUGGCCUGCUGUGUUCAUCCAGCUCCACACUUUGUUAUCUUGGAUUCUCCAGCAUCUGCAGUUCCCAUUAUCAGUGGCAUUUUCCUCUUCAUCAAAGUUUGUGCAAAAGCAACACGAUAUGGGGGGGCACGGUGGCUCAGCGGUUAGCAGUGCAGCCUCACAGCACUGGGGACCCAGGUUCAAUUCCAGCCUCAGGCAACUGUCUGUGUGGAAUUUGCACCUUGUCCCUGUGUCUGCGUGGGUUUCCUCCAGGUGCUCCGGUCUCCUCCCACAGUCCAAAGAUGUGCACGCUAGGUGGAUUGGCCAUGCUAAAUUGCCCAUCGUGUUCAGGGGCGUGGGUCUGGGUGGGAUGCUCCAAGGUUUGGUUUGCACUUGUUGGGCCAAAGGGCCUGUUGCCACACUGUAGGGAAUCUAAACAAUCCUGUUCCCACAUCUCCAUGUUAUAACCCUGCUGAUCACUGCACACAGAGAUGUUUGAUAACAAAAGGAUAACAAUAAUAUUCAAACCCAGUGCUGGAGAUGUAUUUUAAAUACACUGAGGCCAGUGUCGAUCUCCAAAUCAACUUUUAUUUACAAAUGAACUGUCUUCAACUUUAGCACUGCCUCAUUCAGAGAUAGUUGCCAGGGUGUCAGCAUCUCUGACCCUCACUUCUUAUCUGUCAGCCAGGGCUCCCUGAUUUGGGCUGUUAAUAUGGAACAAUCAGGCAACUCAUAUUCUGUGACGUUCAACUGGCCGACCUGGUCACAAUCCAGUGCGGUGUGUUCAUCGAAAAUCAAACGUACGAGAAAGAUACCAUUCCAUACCAGUGUAAAGGAAGGCAUGAGGCUAAACUGGGGAGGGAAGGGAACUGCUUAUUGGGGGUGGCCCAGAGAGUGGAAGAAAAUCGAAUGGGAAGAAGACCAUUUGAGACUGAGGGAGAGAGAUGUAAUUGCCUGAAUGAGGCAUUCCAAUUGCGAAAUGGAUUUUUGUGUGUACACCAUGUUCAGUUUCCCCGAUCUUAAUCUGUACUCCUCUUUCAAUCAUUAGUAUCUGAAAUUUGUGUAUCAUUUCCAAAUGCUCUGUCUCUAAUGUUAUGCUGUUGGAAUUGGUUGAACUGCAGAGAUAUCAUUUAUUUGCACAAAUGUGUUCAGUGAAAUGAGUUGCAUGCUAUAUAUGUAUUAUUCUUCCUGAUUCUAUUGUACGCAUGCAAAUUAAAGUUAG